AUGGUUACAGCUGUACAUAGCAGCACUGAAUGUUCCUGUGGACGCAACCACUUUACCUGUGCCGUUAGCGCCUUUGGUGAUUGCACUUGUAUCCCAGUUCAAUGGCAGUGUGAUGGCGACAAUGACUGUGGGGACCAUAGUGAUGAAGAUGGCUGCAUGUUGCCUACUUGCUCCCCAUUGGAUUUUCACUGUGACAAUGGCAAGUGUAUCCGUCGUUCAUGGGUCUGUGAUGGGGACAAUGACUGUGAGGAUGAUUCUGAUGAGCAAGACUGCCCACCACGGGAGUGUGAGGAGGAUGAAUUCUCAUGUCAGAAUGGAUACUGCAUACGUAGCCUGUGGCAUUGUGAUGGUGACAACGACUGUGGGGACAACAGCGAUGAGCAGUGUGAUAUGAGAAAGUGUUCAGACAAAGAGUUCCGCUGCAGUGAUGGCAGCUGUAUAGCUGAGCACUGGUUCUGUGAUGGUGAUACAGAUUGCAAGGAUGGCUCAGAUGAAGAGAACUGCCCGUCAGAUAUUCCAGCACCUACGUGUAGCUUGGAGGAGUUCCAGUGUGCGUACGGUCGUUGUAUCCUGGACAUAUACCACUGUGAUGGAGAUGAUGACUGUGGGGACUGGUCUGAUGAAUCUGACUGCUCCUCUCACCAGCCGUGCCGUUCUGGGGAGUUCAUGUGCAACAGUGGUUUAUGCAUCAAUGCUGGGUGGAGAUGUGAUGGCGACUUUGACUGUGAUGACCAGUCUGACGAAAAAAACUGCACUACGUCUAUGUGCACAGCUGACCAAUUCCGUUGUAAAUCUGGCCGAUGUGUCCGCCUCUCCUGGCGUUGUGAUGGGGAGGAUGAUUGCUCUGAUAACAGUGAUGAGGAAAACUGUGAGAAUACAGGAAGCCCGCAAUGUGCCCCUGAUCAGUUUCUUUGUGGGAAUGGACGCUGCAUUGGCCAAAGAAAGCUGUGCAAUGGUGCAAAUGACUGUGGAGAUGGUAGUGACGAAAGCCCAGAUCAAAACUGUCGUCCUCGAACUGGGGAGGAAAACUGUAACCUCAACAACGGCGGCUGUGCCCAUAAAUGCCAGAUGUCUCGAGGGAUGGUGCAGUGUACCUGCCACACUGGCUACAGGCUCCUGGAGGAUGGCAGAUUGUGUCAAGAUGUGAAUGAAUGUGCAGAGGAAGGUUAUUGCAGCCAGGGAUGCACCAACAGCGAGGGUGGCUUCCAGUGCUGGUGUGAGCAAGGCUAUGAACUUCGCCCAGACAAGCGCAGCUGCAAAGCCCUGGGGCCAGAGCCUGUGCUACUUUUCGCCAAUCGUAUUGAUAUCCGGCAGGUCUUGCCCCACCGCUCAGAGUAUACCUUACUCCUGAACAACCUGGAGAAUGCGAUUGCACUUGAUUUCCACCACAGCAGAGAGUUAGUGUUCUGGUCUGAUGUCACUCUGGAUCGCAUCAUGAGGGCCAACCUGAAUGGUAGCAAUGUGGAAGAGGUGGUGUCCACAGGGCUGGAGAGUCCAGGUGGACUGGCCAUCGAUUGGAUCCAUGACAAGUUGUACUGGACAGACUCUGGGACGUCUCGUAUUGAAGUGGCAAAUUUAGAUGGAACCCACAGGAAAGUGCUUCUCUGGCAGAACCUGGAAAAGCCUCGAGCAAUUGCUCUUCACCCCAUGGAAGGCACCAUCUACUGGACUGACUGGGGAAAUACUCCUCGCAUAGAAUAUUCAAACAUGGAUGGCUCCAAUCGGCGUAUCAUCGCAGACACUCACCUUUUCUGGCCAAAUGGGCUAACUAUUGACUAUGCAGGGCGCCGGAUGUACUGGGUAGAUGCGAAACAUCAUGUCAUUGAGAGGGCUGACUUGGAUGGACAGAAUAGGAAAGCUGUCAUUAGUCAAGGUCUUCCGCAUCCUUUUGCUAUCACAGUGUUUGAAGACAGCCUGUAUUGGACUGACUGGCAUACCAAGAGCAUAAACAGUGCAAACAAAUUUACUGGCAAGAAUCAGGAGAUCAUUCGCAACAAGCUUCACUUCCCUAUGGAUAUCCAUACGCUGCACCCUCAACGUCAGCCAGCAGGGAGAAAUCGCUGUGGAACUAACAAUGGGGGCUGCACUCAUCUGUGCCUACCAAACAACAAAAAUUAUACCUGUGCCUGUCCCACAGGCUUUCGGAAGACCAGCACCCAUACUUGUGCCCACAGUCUUGACAAGUUCCUGCUUUUUGCCCGAAGGAUGGACAUCCGUCGUAUCAGCUUCGACACAGAAGACCUGUCCGAUGAUGUUAUUCCCUUGGCUGAUGUGCGCAGCGCUGUCGCUCUGGACUGGGAUGCAAAGGAUGACUAUGUCUACUGGACAGAUGUCGGCACUGAUUCCAUUAGUCGGGCAAAAUGGGAUGGAGCAGGCCAAGAGGUUGUUGUGGACACCAGCCUGGAAAGCCCAGCUGGUUUGGCUAUUGAUUGGGUCACCAACAAGUUGUAUUGGACUGAUGCAGGGACAGACCGGAUAGAGGUGUCCAACACAGAUGGGACUAUGCGUACUGUGCUGAUAUGGGAGAACCUAGACAGACCUAGAGACAUUGUAGUAGACCCUGUUGGAGGGUUCAUGUACUGGACUGACUGGGGGGCUAACCCAAAGAUUGAGCGUGCAGGAAUGGAUGCUUCUGGUCGCUUGGUGAUAAUCUCUUCUAACCUGACCUGGCCCAAUGGACUAGCUAUUGACUAUGAGUCUCAGCGCCUUUACUGGGCAGAUGCUGGUAUGAAGACUAUUGAGUAUGCUGGCCUGGAUGGUUCUCACAGGAGGGUAUUGAUUGGAAGCAAUCUCCCUCACCCGUUUGGGCUUACUGUUUAUGGAGAGCGGAUCUACUGGACUGAUUGGCAGGCGAAGAGCAUUCAGAGUGCUGACAAAAGGACCGGACAGAAUCGUGAAACUCUGCAAGACAACCUGGAGAACCUCAUGGAUAUCCAUGUCUUUCAUCGGCACAGGCCUCCAGUAUACACACCAUGCAAAGUGGAUAAUGGUGGAUGCAGUCAUCUUUGCCUCCUGGCCCCUCUCCCUAAGGAUUACAGUUGUACUUGUCCUACCGGCAUCAACCUACAGCCAGAUGGCAGGACUUGCUCACCAGGGAUGACCAGCUUCUUGAUUUUUGCCAGAAGAUCAGACAUUCGUCUGGUUUCACUCGACAUCCCAUAUUUUGCUGAUGUGGUUGUCUCAGUCAACGUUACCAUGAAAAACACCAUUGCUGUUGGGGUGGAUCCUCUGGAAGGAAAGGUUUAUUGGUCAGACAGUACACUGCGGAAAAUCAGCAGGGCUGCCCUGGAUGGCUCCCAGUAUGAAGAUAUCAUUACUACAGGGCUGCAGACCACAGAUGGAUUAGCAGUGGAUGCCAUCGGUCGCAAAGUGUAUUGGACAGACACUGGAACCAAUAGAAUUGAAGUGGGUAACCUGGAUGGGACAAUGCGAAAAGUUUUGGUGUGGGAAAACUUGGACAGCCCGAGAGCAAUUGCACUAUAUCAUGAGAUGGGGUUUAUGUACUGGACAGACUGGGGUGAGAAUGCCAAACUGGAGCGAGCUGGGAUGGAUGGCUCUAACCGCAUGGUUCUUAUCAGCAGCAACCUGGGCUGGCCCAAUGGCCUAGCAGUGGAUAAGACUGGAUCACAGCUACUCUGGGCUGAUGCUCACACUGAGCGUAUUGAGGCUGCAGACCUGAAUGGCGCACACCGCCGCACCCUGCUCUCCCCAGUGCAGCACCCUUAUGGCCUCACUCUACUGGAUUCCUACAUCUACUGGACUGAUUGGCAAACUCGUAGCAUUCACAGAGCUGACAAAGAUACUGGAGCCAAUGUCAUCUUAGUCCGGGCAAACCUGCCUGGCCUGAUGGACAUUCAGGCUAUUGACAGGGGGCGCUCUCUCGGUGCUAACAAGUGCGGAAUGAGGAAUGGAGGUUGCUCACAUCUCUGUUUGCCGAACCCCAAAGGUUUCUCCUGUGCCUGUCCUACUGGUAUCCAGCUGAAGAGUGAUGAGCAAACUUGUGACCCAUCUCCUGAAACAUACCUGCUUUUUUCCAGUCGUGGCUCCAUCCGGCGUAUCUCACUAGAUACUAAUGAUCAUACUGAUGUUCAUGUUCCGGUCCCAGAGCUGAACAAUGUCAUCUCUCUGGACUACGACAGUAUGGAUGGCAAGAUUUACUACACAGAUGUCUUCUUGGAUGUCAUCAGGCGAGCAGACCUGAAUGGCAGCCAUAUGGAGACAGUUAUUGGCCAUGGACUAAAGACAACAGAUGGUCUGGCAGUGGACUGGGUGGCCAGAAACCUCUACUGGACAGACACAGGCCGCAACACAAUUGAAGUUGCACGACUAGAUGGCAGCUGCAGAAAAGUGCUAAUUAACAACAGUUUGGAUGAGCCUCGAGCAAUUGCUGUCUUUCCCAGGAAGGGAUACCUCUUCUGGACAGACUGGGGGCACAUUGCUAAAAUUGAGCGUGCAAACUUGGAUGGUUCUGAGCGCAAGAUAUUGAUCAACACUGAUUUAGGCUGGCCCAAUGGUCUGACCUUAGAUUAUGACACCAGAAGAAUUUAUUGGGUAGAUGCUCACCUGGACCGCAUAGAGAGUGCUGAUCUCCAUGGAAAGCUGCGCCAAGUGUUGGUCAGCCAAGUGGCUCAUCCCUUUGCCUUGACACAGCAGGACAGAUGGCUUUAUUGGACUGACUGGCAAACAAAAUCUAUCCAGCGAGUGGACAAAUACUCUGGUCGGAACAAAGAGACAGUGUUGGCCAAUGUUGAAGGGCUUAUGGACAUCAUUGUGGUCUCUCCUCAGAGGCAAACAGGUACAAAUGCUUGUGGAGUCAACAAUGGAGGUUGUACCCACCUCUGCUUUGCCAGGGCUACUGACUUUGUUUGUGCAUGUCCAGAUGAACCAGAUGGACAACCCUGCUCUGUUGUUCCUGGCAUGGUGCCGUUAACUGUGACCACCAGCACAACUAAGAAGAGUCAGACUGUGGCUAGUAGACCAGUCUCAACAACAACUAAGCCUCACACAUCCUUGGAAACAGCUGAAGGAAAUUGUUCUCACAAAGAGGCUGGCCAAGGUCUGUGCACCCAUGCAGAAGAAGCUGUCCUAGCAACCACAGGAGAAGGACUGCAUGUCAGUUACAUUAUUGGAGGCCUCCUUAGUGUUUUGAUCAUUCUGCUGCUAAUUGGUGCAGUGAUUACAUACAGGCACAAAAAGUCCAAGUUCACAGAUCCUAGUCUGGGUAACCUUACCUACAGUAACCCUUCCUACCGGACAUCUACCCAGGAGGUGAAAAUUGAAACCGUUCCAAAGCCAACUAUGUAUAAUCAGCUAUGCUAUAAGAAGGAGGCUGGCCCUGAUCACGACUACACCAAGGAAAAGAUCAAGAUUGUAGAAGGGAUAUGUCUCUUGUCCAGUGAUGAGUCUGAAUGGGAUGACCUCAAACAGAUACGGAGUUCUCGGGGAUGCAUUCUCCGAGACCAUGUCUGCAUGAAGACUGACACUGUCUCAAUCCAAGCCAGUUCUGGCUCACUGGAUGACACUGAAACUGAGCAGUUGUUGCAGGAGGAGCAGUCAGAAUGCAGCAGCAUCAGUGCAGCAGCUACUCCAGAGCGGCGUGGCUCCCUCCCAGAUACAGGCUGGAAGCAUCAACGCAAACCUUCAACUGAGAGUGAGGUCUAAAGCACAUGCAGAGACAUUUGUCCGGCCUCCUCAGUCAUCCUUAGGAGUGAUGAAAUUGGUUGUUGCCUGCUAUUUGAGGAGGGACUUGGAGCCCAGAGACUGCCUUUUGCCAAGGAGCCUGAGCUAGACUGUGCCUAUGUGGCUGGUUGGAUGCAAUCCAGAGACCCUUUUGGAUCACUUUCAAUGUUUAUUUAUAUGUUUCCUUUCCCUAGAAGCUGUGAUGUUAAAUUCAGUAGCAGCUUUUCCAGCUGAGUCUGAUGAAGCUUUCAUUUGGUCCAGUGCACAAGCUGGUCAAGGACUCUGUGCCACCAUCAGCCAUAUUGGAGUGGCAUUUCUGAACUAUAUCAAUUCCUGAUACCCAAGACCUCUAUUCAGAGACCAUUGGAACUAAUUGGGUUUGCA